CGACUCCUUCGUGCGCCCGGGCACCGCCCGCUUUGGGUGCGCGACGGCAUUGCAGCGAGGAGGCCAACCCGAUGGCGGGAACAUGCCGCUCCCGCUGCGGAGGCGGGGACGCCGCCCCGCUCCCGCCCCUUGGGUUCAGUCCGCGCCCGAUCCCGUCCCACGGCUGUCUGCUCCUGUCCUGAGAGCCUCCUGCCCAGGUGCGUCCCGAGCGGAGAGUGCGCGACCACGGCUGCGGCGGCAGGCUGUAAUGCAAUGGUAGAUUAUCCAAGAUGGAUUGCACAUCCACACAGAACUGAAGAACUGAGGUAGCCUCUGAUAUCUGGAACUCUGCAUUAUAACUACUGCCCCUAGUAUGGGCAUAUCAUUUCUGUUUUGCCUCACACUGGGCUUAUUGCCCAUAAAAAUCAUUGGGAAAGUUUGGCAAUGCCCACAUAUUUCCUAUAAUUCGACUAGAGAUUAUACUGUGAAAUAUAACUUCUCUAAAUUCAUAGCUGAGAGUUCCAUUCAGAACGUAGUUGCCUAUGAGCCUGCUAAUGCUGUCUUUGUUGCUGUCCGGAACAAAAUCUACGUAUUGAACUCAGAGCUGGAAAUCAUGUCUACCAUUGUGACUGGUCCCUGGGGUAGUAACAGAUGUAAGAUCUGUGACCUGUGCUCUGUGAACAGGCCAAUGGAUUUUGAAGACACGGAUAACAAAGUUUUGGUGGUGGAUCCUUAUGAACCUUGGCUUUACAGUUGUGGAAGCUCCCAACAUGGAAUUUGUUUCCAGCAUGAGAUUGAGAUACAAGACAACGUUCCAUCAAUUGCAACAUCAUCAUGCUUGUAUUCCGCUCAUCUUAACAAAGCUUCCGAGUGUCCAGAUUGUGUGGCUAGUCCUUUAGGCACGAGGGUUGUGGUUGUGGACAAGUCAUCUGCUUCAUACUUCUACAUCGCAUCCACCGUCAACAGAAGCAUAGCAGAGACAUACAGCCCCAAAUCGGUGUCUAUACGGAGACUGAAGAGUACCUUGGAUGGAUUUAAUCGUCCUUUCCAUUCCUUAACUGUGCUUCCUGUGUAUCAAGACACAUACCCGAUUGAUUAUGUAUAUUCCUUUAAUGACCAGCAGUUUGUAUAUUUCCUGACAGUUCAAAAGGAAAAUCCCAACUCCAAAUUGUACCACACUAGGAUAGCUCGGCUUAGCAUCGAGGAGAACGAAGUGCACAAGUACCGUGAGCUGAACUUGGACUGCCGCUUUCUAAACAGGCGGAGGAGGAGUCUUGGGACAAACUCUGGACAAGUAGAUUUUAAUAUCUUGCAGGCAGCCCAUGCUACCAAGCCAGGACUAAAGCUGGCCCAUGAGCUCAGCAUCAGUGCCACAGAGCUGGUUCUCUUUGGUGUGUUUGCCAGAAGCCAGGCAGACAGUAUGGUGCCGGAGAAGUACUCAGCAGUGUGUGCUUUUCCUGUGAGCAAGAUCAAUGAGGCUAUUGACGCAGGGAUGAGGAAAUGCUGCACUCUGAGUGGCCGUGACAAGAUAUUCCGAGGACUGAGCUUUUAUCAGGAUGCUGAGUACUGCCCGCAUAAUGUAAACUCCUCAGCCCCAGUGGUGGAUACCAGCUGCAUGAGGAAGCCCACCUAUGUUGCUACGGAUGGAUACAGGGUUGACCUCUUCAAAGGACGUAUGUCUGAUGUGCUACUGACCUCCAUCUUUGUAACUGUCAUAAAUGGGAUGGCUGUAGCUCACCUGGGCACAUCAGAAGGCCGUAUUUUCCAGGUGGUGCUUCAAGGAUCCAGUGUCUACACAGUCAGGUUGGCCAACUUCUCCUUGGGGGAGAGAGUGCCAGUACUGCGGGAGGUCAGCAAGCUGUACAACUCUUUGUUGUUUGUCUCAGGAAAUAAGGUGUUCCAGGUUAACCAGACUGGUCCAGGCUGUCGCCAUUUCCUGACAUGCCUCAGCUGCCUGAAGGCAGAGCGCUUUAUGCAGUGUGGCUGGUGUGGAGAUUCAUGCACACAGCAGGAAGAAUGUCAGGGAACGUGGAACCAGGAGAGCUGCCCCCCUGUCCUUACUGAUUUUCACCCCAGAAAUGCACCACUGUAUGGCAGCACUAAGCUGACUCUCUGUGGCAGGGGGUUUCAGUCAUAUCCCUAUUUCUCUGGCACUGAUGAUCUACUUGCAAACUCUGCUGACUACCAGAUUACAGUGGGGAAGAGGAACUGCACUGUGCUACUUGAAGAGAGCCUGAGAAACAGGUACAGCCAGGUACCACUCUGGAAGGAUUUUGUUGAAGUUCUUGUCUGCAUUUUGACACCAAAAGGGGAAGAAAAAGUGUUGGAGCCUCAAAAAAUUAAUCUUACCAUUUCAGAGAAGAAAAAAACCCCAUUUUAUAUCAGUGGCUCCUCAGUCCUAAAAGGGUUUGUGUUUAUGCUGCCAAAUAUAACUUCCAUCCACCCUGCGUUUGGGCCCCUGGCUGGAGGAACAGAGAUCCUUAUCCGAGGACAAAAUCUUCUGGUGGGAGGUUCAAGGAAAGUGAUGGUUAAUGGUCUUGAUUGUCCCCUGGUCAGAGAGGAAAGCCAGCAAGAGAAUACCAUAAUUUGUUCCACCCCUUCUGCAAGCAAUGUGACUGAAGCAUCUGUGGCUGUAGUAAUAGAUGGGGAGCAGUUUCUUUCUCCACAGCAUUUCCAGUAUCGAGAAGAUCCUCAGAUAAAGUCCAUCUCCCCCAACUGCAGCUACGAGGGUUCAAGUAUAUUCAUCUCUGGCAUCAAUUUGAAUUCAGUAAAUACCACAAGGGUGCAAUUCACUUCUGCCAGAGUGCGAUCUAAAGCUACUGUCUGUGAAAGUCAUCCGUCUGCAGAAAAGCUCGUGUGUCUAACUCCUGAUUACCCAUUUCCAAAGAAGGAGGAAAGUAUUCUUGGGAACCUGAGCAUUUUGAUGGAUGGGAUUGUAGGCCACGAAGUGUUCCGCUACUACCCAAAGCCUGUGAUUCACCCUUUUGAUCUUGAAGGCAAAUUCUACAGGCUCAAUCAAGGAAAGGAUGAGAUUGAAAUCAAACAUACAGGACUCGAUGCUCUGGCAGAAUGCAUGGAUAUCUCUGUGACUAUAGGUGGCAUAAAUUGCCACCCCCAUGUGCUGAAGAAUGUGGUGACCUGUCACAUCCCCAAGUCUGACGGCCCUUUGACUGAUUUGCAAGCAAAGAUUUGUGUGAAUGAAAACUGCACAGACCUAGGCACUGUGAUUGUGACCUCUUCCUUCUCCCCUGUUGCUGCUAUCUUGGGGACCAUUGCAGCCAUCCUGUUCCUCUGCCUCUUGGCAUUUUUACUGAAGAAGCACGUGCAGCGGAAAAAGACCACAGGGACAGAAAACCUGGAAAGGCUUUCAAGCCUGAAUGGGCGUGUGACAAGCAUCCCUCUCCUUCCCUCCUCUAGUGGCUAUACGGAUGCUGCUGGGACUCCAAACACUGGGUCUUCAGGAGCACGUCUUGGAAGUGUCUCUUACACAGGUAGCAGUGAUGGCUCUACCAUGCCCUUCAUGCGGAUUCCUUCUUACUCCAUCAAAAAUUUUCGGCCACAACUCUUGGAAGAGGUGAAAGAUGUUCUGAUCCCAGAAGAGCAACUGAUUGUUCACCAUGACCAGAUCAUUGGUAAAGGGCACUUUGGGAGUGUUUAUCAUGGAACAUACAUAGAUGCAUCCCAGAGAGAGAUACGCUGUGCUGUUAAAUCCCUGAACCGGAUCACGGAUUUGGAGGAGGUAGAAGAGUUUCUGAAAGAGGGGAUUCUGAUGAAAAGCUUUUCUCAUCACCAUGUCCUCUCCCUCAUUGGGAUCACCCUUCCCAAGGAAGGACUCCCCCUGGUGGUGCUGCCAUACAUGAAGCAUGGAGAUCUGCGGUACUUCAUCCGUUCUGAGGAGCGGAACCCUACUGUGAAGGACUUAAUAGGCUUUGGACUGCAAGUGGCCCGAGGGAUGGAAUAUUUGGCCCAGAAGAAGUUUGUACACAGAGACCUGGCUGCUAGAAACUGUAUGCUGGAUGAGACCUUCACCGUGAAGGUGGCCGACUUCGGGCUAGCCAGGGAUGUCUUCGACAAGGAGUAUUACAGCGUACGUCGACACCGCAGAGCAAAACUCCCUGUGAAAUGGAUGGCUCUUGAAAGCUUGCAGACCCAAAAAUUUACCACCAAAUCUGAUGUUUGGUCUUUUGGAGUCCUGAUGUGGGAGCUGAUGACACGAGGAGCGUCUCCCUAUCCUGAAGUGGAUCCAUAUGAUAUGACCUGCUACCUGUUGCAGGGAAGAAGGCUGCCUCAGCCGGAAUACUGCCCAGAUUCCCUGUACAUUUUAAUGCUGAACUGCUGGACCCCCAACCCUGAGGAGCGACCAACUUUCUCUUCUGUGAUCGAGGAAGUAGAGCAUAUUGUAGCCUGCUUAAAGGGGGAGCAUUAUAUCAACCUUAAUGUCACUUACGUCAACCUUAAUCACAACCCACCCUUCCCCCCUUCGGUCAGUGGAGAAGCCGCACCAGACUCCCCUGGGCUGAGUGAGGAGGAGCCCAUGAUCAUGCACCCUGCCGUGUGACACCCUUCUCAGGAAGCACGACGCAGAACUGUGCGGGGUCUGCCGCACGUCUUCCAUGGGCCGACACACCACAGACUGGGGGAGUUUCCUGACUCCUGCUCAUAGCCUUGGAAACCUCCCUCCCAAUUUCACCCUUUUUAUGGGUUGAAAACAUGCAUGGACAAAGAGACUGACUGUGGGAGAGCUUUCCCUGUCCUUCACUCCACUUGGGUGGGGUAAAGGGAUCUCAGAAGAAGGCACAGAUAAGCUCAUCCCCCCAUAAAACGUGGGGCAGGUUCCCCAAAACUCUCAAAAAGAAACAUUCAGAAUAUUUAGGAGCUUGUGUGCCGACUUGUAUUUUUUUAGGUUUAAGAAGUAAUUUAUUGUCUCAACCUGCAGCUGAAUUUGUAUAUAAAGGAAUAAAUGGAUGGUUACGUGCUGUCCAUGCAGUU